AUGCUUGUUAGCCCAUCAGGCAACAUCCAAAAGCGCUCGCGCCAGCACCGCCGUCAAAUCUCUAUCCCAGUAGCCUUGGAGGCAGCCAAUCCUCCCAACCUCCCAGCUGCUGCAAUGCAACGCUACUCAAUGCACAAGCGAGGAUCGAGCCUUGACCAGCGAGCACACCUCAUCCCCAAAGAUAGCUACACAACAAGACACCCCAAUGUGCUCCGAGAAACCCAGCAACAACAACACAUGAGCCGGCUCAACCAGCCGUACUUUGACCAGUCACACAUCCAUAUGUCGUCAAAUACCGAUUGCCAACAACUCGGUCCUGGCGGCUUGAACGUUUUUACUAACCCGUCUAGCAAUGAAAACAUUGUCAAUUAUGCUUGCAUGGACAAUGGUAGCUUUGACAUUGAAAUCGAAAACCUUAAAAAUCGCCAGUCAAAGCCCACCGUUCCCAAUGUACAGCAACAACAACAACAACACACGAAGGCUGGCAUGAACUUCGCCAAUGGUCUGGAUAGCCAACUAUUGAACGAAGAGUCAUGGAACUCCUACGCAAUCGGCCAAUCAGGAUUGCCUCAAGUAUACGACCUACGACGCAUGUCCGUUCAGUCAGACCUUUCCCAGCACUCGUACACUCCAUCAACACCAAAAAAACAGAUGCACCCAAACUAUGUGCCACUUACUCCAGACACUACUCCCUUUCGGAGAACUGUAACCUAUACUCAGAAUGCACGCAGGUCGCCCACAAAAAAUAUCGUCUACCAGACGGCCCAACCCGCGUACAUGGAAAGAGCCAAGUCACUCCAAGGAGUGCCUGGAAGCAAUUUUGCCGAGCCUCAAAUUGAUGUCCCCUCUCCCCCUAACACUGCCCCUGUUGAUUAUGAUUCUUUUGAUAUGCUUACCAGCCAGGAGAGUGAUUUCGAAAGUACAGAGUUUCAACCGCCGUCCGAAAGCAAGACUUUCAGUUCGAAUGACAAGCAAAACUAUGUUCAGUUAUCGUCAGCCUCUACGUCGUUCCAGUCAUCGCCUGAAAUCGCCUAUAUGCCACUUCCCACAGCAAAUAUGUCCAAAACACCAAAAGUGCCCAUCGAGCCAGCAACACCAUCCAGGUCAAGCCCACAGAAUAUGGAAAGCCCAUCACCAGACUCGCCAUCCAAAUCCAAGUUGUCUCCCAGGGUUGCUUCUAUCGACAAUCUCAACCUUGAUAACCGCGUCCAGGCUUCCAUUGCCGAAACUGGAAUCUCAAUUGACGAAAUCGCAUCCUAUAUUUCCGGUCCCGACCCCGUGGACGGCAAAUGGGUCUGCGUACACCCUGGCUGCGACAGACGAUUCGGCCGCAAGGAGAACAUCAAGUCACACAUCCAAACCCACCUUGGUGACCGACAAUACAAAUGUGAUCACUGCCACAAGUGCUUCGUUCGGGGCCACGACCUCAAGCGACAUGCCAAGAUCCACACAGGUGACAAGCCUUACGAAUGUCCCUGUGGAAAUGUAUUUGCCCGACACGAUGCCUUGACUCGCCACAGACAGCGCGGGAUGUGUGUUGGAGGUUACACUGGUGUGGUGCGAAAGACAACUAAGCGCGGUCGCCCUAAGAAGAACCGGCCAGAAAUGGAUGAACGUCAAGACAAAGCUGCUCGAACUCGCGCAAAGAUCACUUCCAGCAAUGCAGCGCCAUCCGUAUCAGGCUCAGACAGUUCGUGUGGCUCGCCUCCUUCCGACGUAUUUGAAAGCAUGAGUAUCCAAGGAUCCAGCCCACUAGAUGAGAUGACCUUGUUCGAGGCAAACAACUACUGCCAUCCAUCCGAGGUCUUCACGUUCACUCCUCCAGCAUCUCCAGGAUACAGCACCGGCAAUAAGCCCUCACCUGCCCAGAGUGUUCGAUCUCACAGCCCAUUCAGCGAUGGUGGUUAUCUUUCCGGGUCUUCGUCCAGAUCCGGCCUUGAGAAUAUCCCAGAAGAAAUUCCCGACCUGCCUCUAAUCUCCGAGGCCGCGGGCUGCUUUGACGAGCCAGAAAACGCAUUGCACUCGGCUCUCGCCGGCUUUUCAUCACCCCACACCGUGCCUUCUCUUGUGGGCUCCAAGGCCGGAGCCGACAUUGAUAUCUUCAUGAACAAUGACUCUAGCUUUUCGGAUUUCAGCAAUGGGUCGAGUUUCCCCAGUGACAUGGAUUUAUUCCCCGCUAAACCUGCUCCCACUUUGAAUGACGACAUUUUCUUGGACUUCACCGAAGAUCAGUCGCACGACUCCUUCUUCUGA